AUGACCGUCAAGCCUCAGAUCUACAAAGAAAUCGCAUCCAAGAAACGUCAGUUGAGAGAUGCUCAGUUCAUUUCCGAAUGGUUGAUUCCAGAAGAUGAGUUGCCAUCUGCAGCUGUUAAAGAUGUAUCCACUUGGAUUAACAAGGCGGGAAUACUCUCUGAGAAGGAGUUGGAGAUCACUGGUGAGUCUGCUCAAUCGAUUGUGGAAAACAUCAAAAUGAAGAAGUGGACCGCUUUGGAGGUAUGCAAGGCCUUCUGCCACAGAGCCUCUAUUGCUCACCAGUUGACCAACUGCUUGUCUGAAGUGUUCUUUCAGGACGCUUUCAAACAGGCUCAGGAGUUAGACGACUACCAGGCCAGAACCGGCACUGUCAUAGGUCCAUUCCAUGGCCUUCCCAUUGCCAUGAAGGAUAACUUCAACAUCAAGGGCCAGGCAACUACCAUUGGAGUGGUGAGCUUCUGCUUCAAGCCUGAAAAGUUCGAAGAAGACUCUGUUCUUGUGGCUAUGCUCAGAGAAAUGGGUGCAGUGUUUUAUGUGAAGACCAACGUUCCAGUUGCCAUGAUGAUGCCUGAAACCGAUAACCACAUAUAUGGUACCACCACAAACCCAUUCAACAGGCUUUUGUCAGCUGGAGGAAGUAGUGGUGGAAGUGCCAACAUUGCAGCUUUGAGUAAUGUCAUUGCCAUUUCCACUGACAUUGGAGGAAGCAUUAGAAUUCCUGCCAGUUUCAGUCAGGUGUACUCAUUAAGACCAACGUUUGGCAGAUUCCCUACCUACGGUGCACGUUCUGGACUCCCUGGUUUGGAGUCUGUGAACAGUGUGAAUGGACCUAUCUGUUCAGACUUGGAAACGUUACUGUUCUAUUGUAAGUCAGUGGUGGACAAAGAGCCAUGGCAUUAUGAUCCCAAGAUCGUUGAGAUUCCUUGGAGACAAGUUGAUCUCCCUCAGAAAUUGUGUUUUGCUAUUUUGGACGAUGAUAAGUGGGUUCGCCCCACUCCUCCAGUUCUUCGUGGUGUUGAAAUGACCAAGAAGGCUUUGUUGGAAGCAGGCCACGAGGUGAUCGACUGGGAGCCUACAGACCAUGUGCGUUUGUCUGAAAUCAUCACAAGUUUCUUUGUCAGCGAUGGUGGUGUCCAUGUUAAGAAAGAGGUAGACGAGACCGGAGAACCUUUCUUUCCAUAUAUGGCCAUGUAUGGAACUACCCCAGAGAUGAAGGUGUCUGAGUUGUGGAAGUUACAUGCUGAGAGGACUACUUUGGCCAAAAAAUACCUUGAGCGUUGGAACAAGACGGUUGAGCAAACUUCCACUGGUCGUCCUAUUGAUGGAAUCAUCAUGCCAGUGACGCCUUUCGCUGGUAACCCAAUUGCCAAAUUUCACGACUACGUGGGGUAUACCUCACCCUUCAACCUUUUGGACUACUCGGUAGGUACAUUUCCGGUCACCAGAGCGGAUAAAGAUGUCGACUUCAAGCAUGCUAGAUUAGAUUUCUACUCAAAGACGGAUGAGAACGUGUGGAAAGACUACGACCCCGAGGAGACCAACGGUGGAGUAGUUGGAUUACAGUUGAUUGGACGAAAAUUCCAGGAAGAGAAAGUUGUGGAGAUGUUGAAGGUGGUGGACACUGCUCUUACAAUAUACAAGAACUAA